CGAAGGGCCACAGGCAGCACCCAGCGGUCCAAGCCGCUUUCGACAGGGUCGCCGUCCAAUUAUCGGCAUUCGACAGAUCUACGUGCGAGACAAUGGCAUGGACAACAAAGUACGCCCCGACCAAUGCCGAAACUGUUCUCCAGACAGGGCCUGAGGCCCAGAUCUUGCGAGACUGGCUGCAUGCCCUCAUAGUACAAUCAGUCGAUACGGGCUCCACGGCCGCGGCAACCAGCAAAUCGAAGGACGCUCAGCUACCAGUCAAGAAGAAACGGAGACGCAAUAAGCUUGAUGAUUUCAUUGUUUCAGACGAAGAUGAGCUUGGCUUGGCAGGCGCGGACUCGGACGACGAGAUGGACUGGGCACCAGAAGAUGGGAAGGGCAACAAAAAGAAGACUGUCAGCCGACCGAUCGUCGCUGGCGCGCGCCUGAGUAACACGAUCCUGCUCAGUGGGCCUCAUGGCUGUGGCAAAACAGCUGCUGUGUAUGCCGUUGCGAAAGAGCUCGACUUCGAGGUGUUCGAGAUCCAUGCGGGAUCAAGACGUUCUGGCAAAGACAUUCUAGAACGUGUUGGCGACAUGACUCGGAACCAUCUUGUCCAGCAUCAUCAAGCUGGGGAGGAGGCUGCGACACCCGAGGUCGAGGAUGAAGUGUCGCGAGAUCUCAAAUCAGGAAAGCAAGGAACCAUGACGAGCUUCUUCAAGGCGAAGACCGCCAAGACCAAACAGCCCUCGACAGCAACUACCCUCCUGAAACCCCAGAAGGCAGUCAAUUCCACCGAAGUCCAGUCCGAGGUCCGGCGACCUACUAAGUCGCAAAAGCAGUCGCUGAUUCUGCUGGAAGAAGUCGAUGUCCUCUACGAAGAGGACAAGCAAUUCUGGUCCACGGUUAUUGGCAUGAUCCUUCAGUCGCGACGUCCGUUUGUGAUGACUUGUACACAGGAGAAUCUUGUGUACGCCUCCUUUCCGCAUCUGCAUGGCAUUCUUCGCUUUUCAGCUCCGCCAACUGAUCUUGCGGUCGACCUACUUCUCCUCAUUGGCGCCAACGAAGGUCACAAUCUGACACGAGAAGCCGUUGAAGCCCUCUAUGAAACUCGGCAGCAUGAUCUACGCGCAGCUAUCACAGAACUCAACUAUUGGUGCCAGAUCGGAGUUGGCGACCCCCAGGGCGGCUUCAACUGGUUCUUUCCGCGCUGGCCUAAAGGUGUCGACAAGGAUGAGAACGGCGACACUGUCCGCGUCGUCAGUACUGGCACGUACCAGAAAGGCAUGGGCUGGUUCUCACGGGAUACCGCAGAUUCCGACAGCCUUGCAAAUACAGCAGGCGAGCAGCUCCUGCACGAUGUGUGGAGCGAAUGGGGCAUCGACAUCAGACAGUCCGAGAACAGCUUCGGCUCGUGGGCCAGCAAAAUGUCCACUCCAGAUGUCUCGGCGCGUGGGCGGUUGGACCUUCUCGUUGCCGCUGAUGCCUUCACAACCGCGUUGAGUGAUGCCGACAUAUGUUCCUCGGGAGCAUUUGCCACUGGCUAUGAGGUCAAUCUCGAUACCACACUUCCGCCUUUACCCAGCAAAGCGAAAGAGGAUCACGUGCUUGGCCGCCAACUUUUGGAAGCCCAUCCAUGGUCACAGUCUCCAGGCCUCUCUGCGCAUGCCUCCAUUGCUAUCGAACGACUAGCGUGCCAUCAUCUCGCGCAACCUACACAUCUCGAGAGAGGCCCUCAUGUAUCAUCUCCUGAAGCGAUAGCAACGUCCUUGAUACAAUCCUCCUUUGUACUUCCCAAAGUCAAGAAUAUCGUCAGACUCGACUACAGCCACGCGUUCGACAUCCUGGCAACAUCGCCUGAUAGGGCAGCACCAGCAGGUGGUUUCGAUCCUUCUGUCUUUGAUCGCACAAUGCGUUUAAUCACUCUUGAGGUAGCCCCAUAUGUCCGGAGCAUUGUCGCAUAUGACGAGCGUCUCAGGCAAGAGAGAUUACUUCGCAGCAACAUCUUGAGCGAAGGCGGCAAGCCCAAGAAGAAGAUGCGUACGACGCGAAGCGCUCUGUCGGCACUCGAAGGUGGAGUCAGAGCGAGCACGAGACGUGAGAAAUACUUCUCGGCGGAUGUCAACGCGCACCUAGUCAUGGCGACUGGAGGUUCUGGAUGGGACGCGCUUGCCUGUGAUGGGCUACCGGGUCAGGAUGCUACUAGUAGCGUCGCAACAAGCCCACGCUUGGAGGAUGAGGAUGAUGCACUGUCUGAGAAGCCGAAAAGGAGAUCCAGAAUACAGAUCCGUGAUGACUCCCCGGACGAGCUGGCUUGAAGAUAUCAGUUUGGCAAUGGUUUCGAGACGACACUCUCAGCAAGGCGUACAUUAGCUAUUCAUUCCGUAUCUAGCUUAAGACUUUGAAGAGGCACGCCUUGACGUGAUGUAGACAAACGAAGAACAUGAAUGAUCGGACAACUCUAUAAA